AUGUCGGAAUACAACGGUGAAGCCAAGUACCGACCGAAACGGUAUCAGUCUAUUGCCAAGUUGUUCAAAAAACGUGUGCCGAUCGUUUCUUGGCUACCCAAGUACGAUGCAGAUCAAGCUGUCAGUGACUUGGUCGCCGGGGUCACUGUUGGACUAACAGUCAUGCCACAAGGGCUGGCGUAUGCUACGCUUGCUGGUCUAGAACCGCAGUAUGGUUUAUAUUCUGCGUUUGCUGGAUGCAUUGUUUAUACGGUAUUUGGCAGUUGUAAGGACAUUACCAUUGGACCUACAGCAUUAAUGUCACUUAUGACUUACCAACAAGUGGUCAAUAGAAACGCAGACUAUGCAGUAUUAUUAUGUUUUUUGUCUGGUAUCUUACAGUUCAUUAUGGGAUCACUUAAACUAGGUAUGUAA